AUUUACUUCAGAUCUAGAAAAUCUGUGUCUAUAUCGGUUGUGGUUAUAGGACAUUUGGGGCAUGCGCAGUAGUGAAACCCCUUAUGAAACCACGCUCGUUUGCCCUGGUUACAGUGUGUAGGCUAUACUGUGUUGAUCCUCUCAAAAAUUUAGGAACAGUGUGAUUAACAUCGUCGUGAAGACUACAGAACUCAGCUUGUCACUGGGAAUAAUACAGGACACCGGCUCUUAUUCAUAUGUUAAAGCCUGGGCCAUCAUGCCAAUAAACUCCAUCCACUGGUUCCGUAAGGGGUUACGUCUCCAUGAUAACCCAGCCCUGCUUGAGGCUGUGCAGGGGGCAGACACCCUGCGCUGUGUGUACUUUCUGGACCCCUGGUUUGCAGGCUCGUCCAGUGUUGGUGUCAACAGAUGGAGGUUCCUGCUGCAGUGUCUGGAGGAUCUGGACUCCAGCCUCCGCAAGCUGAACUCACGGUUGUUUGUCAUCCGUGGCCAGCCGGCCAACAUCUUUCCCCGCCUCUUCAAGGAGUGGAACAUCUCCCGGCUGACCUUCGAGUGUGACUCAGAGCCGUUUGGCAAGGAGAGGGAUGCGGCCAUCAAGAAGCUGGCGUCGGAAGCCGGUGUAGAAGUCACCGUCAAGACAGCACACACACUUUACAACCUGGACAAGAUCAUUGAGGUGAAUGGCGGUCAGCCUCCUCUUACCUACAAGCGCUUUCAGACUCUCGUUAGCACCAUGGACCCCCCCGAGGCCCCUCUGGAGCCGCUUUCCAAGGCUGUAAUGGGCAGCUGUAUCACGCCUGUGUCUGAAGACCACCGGGAGAAAUAUGGAGUCCCCCUGCUGGAGGAGCUAGGAUUUGACACAGAGGGAUUAUGUCCUGCUGUGUGGCCUGGCGGAGAGACUGAGGCUUUGAAUAGGAUAGAAAAGCAGUUUGGAAAGGACUCCUCCUCGGAGAUCUUUGAGAGGCCCAAGCUGAACUCCAUUCUGCUGAUGGCGAGUCCUCUUGGCCUGAGCCCAUACCUGCGCUUCGGCUGCCUGUCCUGCCGCCUCUUCUACUCCAAACUCACCGAGCUUUACAAGCAGAUGGAUAAAAAACCCAACUAUGACAAGCUGCUUUGGCGGGAGUUCUUCUACACAGCGGCCACCAACAACCCGCGCUUUGACAAGAUGGAAGGCAACCCUAUCUGCAUCCGCAUCCCCUGGGACAAGAACCCUGAGGCACUGGCCAAGUGGGCCGAGGCCAAGACCGGUUACCCCUGGAUUGACGCCAUCAUGACCCAGCUACGGCAAGAGGGCUGGAUCAACCACCUGUCCCGCCACGCUGUGGCUUGCUUUCUGACCAGAGGAGACCUGUGGAUCAGCUGGGAGGAGGGCAUGAAGGUCUUUGAGGAGCUGCUGCUGGACGCUGACUGGAGUAUGAAUGCAGGCAGCUGGAUGUGUCACUCCUGCAGCUCCUUCUUCCAGCAGUUCUUCCACUGCUACUGCCCAGUAGGCUUCGGCCGCCGCAUCGACCCCAAUGGGGACUUCAUUCGACGCUAUUUACCUGCCCUCGCCGAUUUCCCAGCCAAGUACAUCUAUGAUCCGUGGAACGCCCCGCCGGAUGUGCAGGCUGCGGCCAAGUGCGUUGUGGGAGUGGACUACCCAAAGCCCAUUGUGAACCAUGCUGAGGCCAGUCGCCUCAACAUUGAGAGGAUGAGGCAGAUCUACCAGCAGCUCUCCCGUUAUAGAGGCCUCAGCUUGCUGGCCGCUGUGCCAUCCAAUCAUGGCGAGGAUGUCAAUGUGAAUGGGAUCAGAGGCGUGGUGGUAGCGCCCUCGCCUGGCAAAAAGCGCCAUGGGAAUGGGCAUGGCAGCCACAGGGAGCACCGGUCUGGGGAGGAGCACGCUGGACCCAGUGGAGUGAAGCACCGCAGCGCUGGAGCUGGAGACUCUCUAAACUGUCGAGGGAUGCCCCACUCUGCCAAUGGAAGGGUUAGCAGACAGGGCCAGGGGAAUUGCACCCAUGAGUUUGUCAUGCCACAACAUCCAAGUCGAGUCAGUCGUGUGGGGAGUGGUGGCUCAGGGAAGAGACAGCGCGAGACAGAGCAGGAAGCCGGCAGUGACAAUGGAUUGUUGGCAUCAGCCCUUAAGGUCCAGCGGCACAGCAAGGAGAACAAUGCAGUUCAGCAGGAGGAAAGAUUGACCAACCCAUCAUGAGCAGUUCCAUGUAGAUACAGAUAUAUAAAUAUUGUGCUAUACUGUAUGUGCUAAAUAUAUAUUGUCUGAUUUGUAUUUAUUUUUUAAACAAAAAAAAAAACUCUUUCUCAAAUGAGAAAAAAAAAUCUUCCUAUCAAAACAAUAAGCUUGUUGUUAAAAAAAACUGUUGGACCCAAAGGUAGAUUUAAUUGCCAAGUUGAAUGUGCAAUUGGAUUAUUUUAAACCGUAUGAAUCAAUGAGAGGUUUUUAAUUUUGUACCCUUCUAUGAUGUAAGGCUUUCCAUGAACAGCUCUUUGUAGUAGUGUCUUACAUACUCGUCUGCUCCUCAGCACUUGAAGUGUUUGUUUUGGGGAUUAUGCUGAAUGUUGCCAACAGCCCUAGGAGCUUGUGUAAUCGAACUUUCACUGACAUUCACCAGCAAAUGACUUAUCGUGAAACCCACAAAAAGGGUUGGUUACCUGUCAGAGUAUCUCUAUCCUCAAAUUGCCGUUGUAUUCUUAUAGUCUGUUAUUAAAUAAUGGAUUUUAUUUAUGUUAUUUUGUUUAUUUUACCAGUACCAGCACUGUUUUUUCUCUAAGAGCAAAUAUACCUCUAUUCAAGAGUUCUGUACCCCUGCUUUCUCCAUGGUUAGAAUGCAAAGGAUGAUGGGAAUGCUGCAUGCAGCUUUUGUUUUAACACCAGUAGCUCCUUAUCCAUUGCUGUGUAGGCUGUGUGGAGGGGCAAUUGCCUGUGUGCUAUGACCGCAUAGCUGUACAUACAUGCUGGGUUGGUCCUCUGCAAACUGUUUACAUCAGGGUCGAAAGACUGGUAUCAUGGAUUGCCUACAGAGUGUCACCCAUACAUUCACUCUGGUUUCCUCUCCCGAGUCAUUUUGUUUUCCUCAUGCAGUCUACGUACAUGCCUGUUUGGCAAUCUGUCUUGAUUGUGGCAUGACCACAUGGAUGACUUGCUCUGUCACCUUCUGUGGGAGAGCAAACUAUAUUAAAUCAUCCUCAGUCUUCCAUAGUGUCCAUCACAACAUCUAUAAGAACUUGUCUGAAGUAUCCCCCAGGAGAAAGCACAGCUUUAAUUCCAGUUGGAGACUGUGACGUUUGGCAGUAGUGCUACCAAAAAUGCAUUUUGCCUCAUGUUUCUGGAGUUGUCCUGGAUCCCUCAAAAAGUUUUAGUCAUGUUUUACUCCUAUGUUCUUCAUUUAGCUGUAUACAACAGUUGAUGAGUUGAAAGCUGUACAUUGUUGCUGUCAUUUUUCUACUGAAAUUUCAUAUUCCCUUUUCUUUUUUUGUUUCUAUUGUAAAUAUUUGUAUAAAAAUGCAGUAUUAAAAAGCUUUAGUUUGUGUAUAUUGUACCACAUUAGACAACAAAUAAAAUGGUUGCAAAUUACAUUUCAA